CGCAUGCGCGCUGGGGCCCCGCGCUGGGCUUGUCGUUGCAGCUUUAAGAGGUCUCGCGGCCUGGCGGGUACGACCCCCCCCCUGCCCCGAGGGAGCCGCCGGGCCCCCCCCGCCAGCCCCCGCCGGCCGCAGCACGGCGCGGCGCCGGCCUCGGCACCCCGCCGAGCCUCCCCCCGGCGCCCCCCGGAGGGGGGGGGGAAGGCUGAGAGGGAGUGACCCCCGGCCCCUCGCCCCGGGCUGGGAUAGCUGAGGGGGGGGCGCAACAUGGCGGAGGCCAAGGAGGAGGGGCCCGGCCCCCGCGCCAGGGGAACAUGAAACUUGUGAUUGCGGUGAAACUAAUUCUUGCUAAACAGAACAAUUGACCUUCAGGAUCUCAUUGGAGGAGUUGCGCGGAUGUUGUUUGUCUACUCUGCAGUUACAGAAAUGAACAUCAUCACUGAAUUGUGACCUGUGUCUUUCAGGCACUUGCGCUCAUUUACGAGCAAACUCAAAGAAUUUUGCAGAAUUGCUCGCAACUAUUACAUAAAUGUUUUGAAGAUAAAUCUGAUGCGGUAUUUGAUAUUACAGAAAAAUGUGGUGAAAUUCUGGAUGCAGAAAUGUCUGAGGACGCUGACCACAACUUAACGCCUGCCCUCGACAGCAUAUCUUACGGAAUACAGAAUCGAACAGGGUCUGAAAACUCGCUGCUGGAUGAUGAUGAUGAUGAUUAUUUUCUGAACUCUGGGGAUCUUGCAGGCAUACCUGUUGUUGGGAGUGACAAUGAAGAUGAUCAAAAUUUCACUCCAAAAGACACUCUUUCUUCAGCGAUUCAUGAUGAAGACCAUCUGGAAGAGGGCAAGAGAGUUACGGAACACGAAUUGGACAGUGAAAAGGAAAUUCAGAUUCAGAAUGCAAUCCAAAAGGAUCUCACUUCACCAUUUGAGCAGGGCCCUGUAUUUAAAUCAAUUCGAAAAGAUUUUAGCAUAACGAGAGAUAAUGGCAAAGAGACUUUUUCAGCAAAGGACAAGAAUAGAGAAGGACAUUUUCAAGAACGUGAAAAACGGUUGGAAAAAAUGCCUAAAGAUAUGGAUUCUAGAUUGAAAAGCAGUUUUCUUGACAAAGCAGUUCAUAAUCAAGUAGAAGAAACAUUACGGACGCAGUUAGCGCCACAAACUCCAGAAACUAACUUCAGGGAGUCUAGCUACCUAUUUUCUAGUAAGGAAUCUAUUGGACAAGAGCUGGGGAAUUCCUUUGCACCAAAUAUUAGAAUUAAGGAGGAGCCUUUGGAUGACGAAUAUGAUAAAGCUAUGGCCCCACAGCAGGGACUAUUAGACAAAAUUAAAGAUGAACCUGAUAAUUCCGAGGAGUACGGCCAACAGCCAAAAUCUCAGGAAGGGGAGCUGAAAAUCAGUGCUGUAUUUUCAGUCAGUGGCAGUCCUCUUGCUCCACAGCUGUCAUCAGGUUUCCAGCCUGCUGUGGCAUCCUCUGGCAUGAGUAAAAUGCUUCCUUCGGUUCCAAGCACAGCUGUUCGGGUUUCCUGUUCUGGCUGUAAAAAAAUCCUGCAGAAGGGGCAAACUGCGUACCAGAGGAAAGGCUCGACCCAGCUCUUCUGCUCCACACUGUGCCUCACUGGAUACACCGUCCCAGCUCCUCGCCCACCAGCUUCUACCAAGAAAACCUGCUCAAGCUGCUCAAAAGACAUUCUAAAUCCAAAGGAUGUAAUCACUGCCCAGUUUGACAAUACAAACUCCAGUAAGGAUUUCUGCAGCCAGUCUUGUCUUUCUACGUAUGAACUGAAAAGGAAACCUGUUGUUACUAUUCAUACUAACAGCAUUUCGACCAAGUGCAGCAUGUGCCAGAAGAAUGCCGUGAUUAGGCAUGAAGUGAAUUACCAGAACGUUGUACACAAGCUCUGCAGCGACGCCUGCUUCUCCAAGUUCCGCUCGGCCAACAACUUGACCAUGAACUGCUGCGAGAACUGCGGAGGCUACUGCUACAGCGGCUCUGGCCAGUGUCACAUGCUUCAGAUAGAGGGACAGUCCAAAAAGUUCUGCAGUUCGUCAUGUGUGACAGCGUACAAGCAGAAGUCAGCUAAAAUUACACCUUGCACACUGUGUAAAUCUUUGAGGUCCUCAGCGGAGAUGAUAGAGAGCACGAGUAACUUGGGAAAAACUGAACUGUUUUGCUCUGUUAACUGCUUGUCAGCGUACAGAGUAAAAAUGGUUACUUCUGCAGGUGUUCAAGUUCAGUGCAACAGCUGUAAAACUUCAGCAAACCCUCAGUAUCACUUGGCUAUGUCAGAUGGGAGCAUACGCAAUUUUUGCAGCUACAGUUGUGUAGUAGCUUUUCAGAAUUUGUUCAACAAGCCUGCAGGAAUGAACUCCUCAGUGGUACCUCUGUCACAAGGUCAAGUCAUUGUAAGCAUUCCCUCGGGGGCAACGGUUUCGGCCGGUGGCACCACCUCGACUGUGUCCCCCAGCUCCAUGAGCAGUUCCGCUGCAGCUGGUCUCCAGAGGCUGGCUGCCCAGUCCCAGCAAGUCACUUUUGCCCGCCCUGUUGUAAAACUCAGGUGUCAGCACUGCAACAGACUGUUUGCAACCAAACCCGAACUGCUUGACUACAAGGGUAAAAUGUUCCAGUUCUGUGGGAAGACCUGCUGUGAUGAGUAUAAGAAGAGGAGCAGCGUAAUGGCAUUGUGUGAAUACUGCAGAAUUGAGAAAAUCAUCAAGGAGACAGUGCGGUUCUCGGGCAUAGAUAAGACAUUCUGUAGUGAAGGUUGUAAACUGCUCUAUAAACAUGACUUGGCUAAACGCUGGGGAAACCACUGUAAAAUGUGCAGUUACUGUUUACAGACUUCCCCCAAACUGGUCCAGAAUCACUUUGGGGGGAAAAUGGAGGAAUUUUGCUCAGAGGAGUGCAUGUCUAAAUUCACAGUCUUGUUUUACCAGAUGGCAAAGUGUGAUGGUUGUAAGAGACAAGGUAAACUCAGCGAGUCCAUGAAAUGGCAAGGGGAGAUCAAGCAUUUCUGCAAUCUGCUCUGUAUUCUGUUGUUCUGUAAUCAGCAAAGUGUUUCUGACCCUCCACCCCCAAACAACACAGCAAACCUUUCUAUGGCACCAGCUUCCUCAUCAGGCCCCCCUUCUUUGAGAAAGGACUCCACUCCUGUCAUAGCAAACGUGGUGUCCCUUGCCAGCACCCCUGCUGCCCAGCCUACGGUUAACUCCAACAAUGUUUUACAGGGUGCAGUCCCUACAGUGACAGCAAAAAUAAUAGGAGAUGCUAGUACUCAGACAGAUGCCCUAAAGCUGCCACCAUCGCAACCACCCAGGCUUCUAAAAAACAAAGCAUUAUUGUGCAAGCCAAUCACACAGACUAAGGCCACCUCCUGCAAACCUCACACACAAAACAAAGAAUGCCAGACAGAAGAAGAAGUUCAACCCCAGAUCAUUGUGGUACCCGUUCCUGUACCGGUGUUUGUGCCAGUGCCCCUUCAUCUCUACACUCAGUACACACCAGUUCCACUUGGGAUGCCAGUACCUGUCCCAGUUCCCAUGCUCUUCCCAACUACCCUGGAUAGUGCUGAUAAGAUCAUUGAAACUAUUCAGGAUAUCAAGGAAAAAAUUCCCACAAAUCCAUUUGAAGCUGAUCUCCUUCAGAUGGCAGAAAUGAUUGCAGAAGAUGAGGAGAAAGAAAAAACACACUCUCAUGGUGGAUCUCAAACAUCUGAGCAUGAGCUCUUCCUGGACCCCAAGAUAUUUGAGAAAGACCAAGGUAGCACAUACAGUGGAGAUCUGGAAUCCGAAGCGGUGUCCACUCCGCACAGCUGGGAGGAUGAGUUAAAUCACUACGCCUUACGAUCAAAUGCCCUGCCGGAGCCAGAGCCGGAACUGAAGCAGUUCUCCAAAGGUGAUGUGGAACAGGACCUGGAGGCAGAUUUUCCGUCAGACUCAUUUGACCCUCUCAGUAAAGGACUGGGUUUGCAUUCACGUUCACGAGCAAGAAGGAGACAUAGAGAUGGCUUCCCGCAGCCAAAGAGACGGGGACGGAAGAAGUCAGUAGUUUCUGUAGAGCCCCGGAAUCUGAUGCAGGGCUCCUACCCGGGAUGCUCCGUUUCUGGGAUGACCCUGAAGUACAUGUACGGGGUAAACGCCUGGAAAAACUGGGUCCAAUGGAAAAACGCACAGGAGGAACAAGGGGACCUGAAGUUUUCCGUUCGUCCUGUGAAACUCAAGGAGGACAUUCUCUCAUGCACUUUUGCUGAGCUGAGUUUUGGCUUGUGCCAGUUUAUUCAAGAGGUGCGGAGACCAAAUGGAGAAAAAUAUGAUCCUGACAGCAUUUUAUACUUGUGCCUUGGAAUUCAGCAGUACCUGUUUGAGAAUGGUAGAAUAGAUAACAUUUUUACCGAGCCCUAUUCCAGGUUUAUGAUUGAACUUACAAAACUUUUGAAAAUCUGGGAACCUACAAUUCUUCCAAAUGGUUAUAUGUUCUCGAGAAUCGAAGAGGAGCACUUGUGGGAAUGUAAACAGCUGGGUGCAUAUUCCCCUAUUGUUUUAUUGAACACACUGCUAUUCUUCAACACCAAAUACUUCCAACUAAAGAAUGUCAGUGAGCACCUGAAACUAUCCUUUGCCCAUGUUAUGAGACGCACCCGAACUCUGAAGUAUAAUACUAAGAUGACAUAUUUACGUUUUUUCCCACCCUUUCAAAAACAAGAGGUAGAAUCAGAUAAAUUAUCUGUAGGCAAAAGGAAACGCAGCGAAGAUGAGGAGAUCACAACAGCAGUGGAAAUGGCUGAAAAUACAGAUAACCCCCUGCGAUGUCCAGUCCGACUUUAUGAAUUUUACUUAUCAAAAUGUUCCGAAAGUGUGAAGCAGAGGAGUGAUGUAUUUUACCUUCAGCCUGAGCGCUCCUGUGUACCCAAUAGCCCCAUGUGGUAUUCCACAUUGCCAAUAGACCCAGGAACCUUGGACAUCAUGUUAACGCGUAUUCUUAUGGUGAGGGAGGUACACGAAGAACUUGCCAAAGUCAAAUCAGAGGACUCUGAUAUCGAGUUAUCAGACUAACUGAAGGGGGGUAUUUUCCUUUGAAUACACAUCAGAAGCACCAAACUGUGAAUACGUCCAGCCUUUGGAAAAUGUGUAUCAAAUAAGCCAAGAUAAUGUCACCUACAGGCAUAUUUUGAACCACAGUGGAUGUACAAACUGGAACUGGAAGGAAGCGAGCUGUGUAAGCUUCAAGAAACAACGUCCUGUGGCACCGAUAAAUCCUCUGAACAAAUUCAAGACGAACUAACCCGUUUGAGUGGUGCAUAAAUCCUUCAUCUGUUUAGGAUUUUAAAAAGUUGUGAGAUAUUUUUUAAGGAAAAUGGUUGUGUAAAAUCUACCAUAACACUGUUGGGCAUGGAGAGCUAGACUGUGGCUCAGGUGACUCCUCAGCCUGAUGGCUGGCAGUCCUUGCUGCCAAAGAACACGUGGAGAUCCUAGAGCUCUUCACGAGGACAGGAGAAAAUAGUGGUGGUAUUUAGACAGUCACCUUCCGUUAUAACUACACGUACACAUACGCUUUUCUAAUUUUUUUUGAAACUGGGAUCAAAUGUUAGGAAGGCAGAAGCCGGCGUGUCUGCCAGGGAAACUAUCUAAACGGGCAACCGUCUGGCUGCUCGUAAGUGGUCACACGGUGCCAGAAUCUAGCUCUCGCUCCGGGAUGAUACCAACUCUCGCUCUGUUGGGUCUCCGAGGUGGAAGAGGUGCUGUAGGUCGAACUUCAGAGCGAUCAUGUUACGCGACAAACGUUUCUGGGGUAUGUACAGGAGAGUGACUGUCCUGGGGUCUGUGCAGAAAAUCCCCUCCCUAGCCCAGUAGCUCUGCAGUCUGUCGAUAUAACCUAGCAAAUACUGUGGUGCGCGGAAAUUUUUUUUCCCCUUACGGCAGCUUUCCUUUCUCCUCUUUCCCCACUCCUGUGUUUUGGGUUAUUUUAUAAAGGCAAAUCUGGAGGGCCUUGUCAUUUCAAAUGAAAGAUAACGUGCACUCUUUCUCUUUCCACCUUUGCAACGCGUGCAGUGUUGUACAAAGGAUGCAGUAUUACUUUUGACAAUGGAACUGUGGUAGAAAAUUACCAUGUGUGUUUUUUUUCCCAUCCCACCCAAAGAGAUCUAGUCAUAGUGUUGGAAAUCGAAAGAGACUUUUUUAAGGCUUGGCUGUUACUGUGUCUUUUUGAAGAGAAAAGCUCCCACGUUGUGUUUAGAGGACGGGACAUUAUCAGAUACUGUCUCUAUCUCUGUUUUCUCAAGCUAUAGAUGUGUGUUUCUGAUGACCAGUGGCCACAAAUUCAUUGGAAACCCAAACUAUUUUUAAAAAAGAGAAUUGUAUGGUUUUUAUCUAGCUCUGGUCAGUUCUCCAUCUUCUGUAACAGGGGUCUGAUAUUUGAUCUUGUCACUAAAAUUUCAAGAGAUGAAAAUUGACAGCCUUGAAUUAUAUUUCCUUUUUUUUUGUUUUGUUUGUUUUUGUUUUUUAAUUAUUUUUUUAGCAGUAACAAAAGUAAUUUAACAAAAAUAAAAUCAGAAAGUAGUCUAUUGACGUUGUGUACUCGGUAGUCCUGUCCCUGCCUGUAACAGAUUUCACUGAUGUAUUUUUUAAUACAGAAAACUAUGUGAAAAGUAAACCUGCCCCUGAUUCUGUCUGAUCGAAGCCCAUCUGUGUCUGUCAUUUCUGAUCAAAGAUGCUGCUUUCUCCGUGCCCUGGCCCAGCGCUCCCGGGGGAGAUCUUUCGGCCGUAACACGUACCCUGCCACCAACCGCCCCGGCGCCCGGCAGCUCAGGGACGCUCCUGGAGGCUGAUUUCUCGGUCUGUGAACGCUGACCUGGCCCUCCCCAUAGUUAUAUUAAAUAGCCAACCAGCAGGUGUGGUAUUUUGGAUUGAGGUGGUUGAUAGAACACUUUGGGUAAAUAAAAUCAUUCUGGAAAGAUUAGUCUUUAGGUCUGUGGGGGAUAAAAGAAGUCUGAGCUCUCUCUGUUGCAUGCAGGUGUGCCCGGAACCUCCAUGGCAGUAGGAGAGGGGAAGGAUCCAGGAAUUUCCGUAUUUCCUGGGCAUCCCCUGUGAGAGUGCCGCAUCCUUGGCUGCCUUUGCCCGCUCCCUGCUGCCCUGCAGCCCCCAGGGAAUAAGCAAAGCAGCAGUUGGGACAAGCUGGCGGGAGGGCAGGCACCCCGCGGGGUGGGGAUUGUCUGAAAAAUUAUAAACCACAUCUGAGUUUUCCCUUAAUAGACAUUAACAGAAAUAUUCCCAUAAAGUAGUAUGUUUGUAUCUCACGAGCAACGUACUCAUUUCUUCUUUCUCUGAAGACCGUCACUCUUUCUUGUCUGUGAACGCUCUGACAUGCGUUAAUUUUUUUCCAGGUCCCUGGAACGAAAGAUAUUUGCCCUUCCUGUUCUCUCAGCAGGGAAAGUUAAAUCGCUUGACGCUGGCCUGGCUGACGGCAGAGUUGUUAAACGUCGUGCAAAUUCCUUUUACUUAGUAGCUCGGGGGUGAGAAAGGGCUCAGCGCAGUUUGAUGAUGGAAUGGACAGAAGUAGUUUCAGUUUCUCGGGUCAGACGCCUUCUGCUUGGAGGCCCUUUGGGAGCCGUCUGCGUGUUUUGGGAGGUACCUGGGCGAUCUUUGCCCCUCGAGCAAUUUCUAGUCAGCCCAGCUGGAGUUCACAGUGACUUAGAAGCUGGAUUACCUUGAAGCGUUAAAAUAGAUUUAUAGCUUAUGCACACAGGACGAAAGUUCUGAACGCUUAGACAAAGUUGGCUGUAACGAACAUACCCGAAUCAUUUGCUAACAAUGUUUAUUACUUUGAAAUAUUCUUUUAAGGAGAAAAAUCAUGCUGUAGUCUCAGUGUGGACAGAGAAACUGUUAACAAAGAUGAGCGUGAGAGAGAAAACCAGGAGAUGCUGCUUCCUGCUGGCAGGGUUUCUGUGGCCGUGGUGUCCUGCUGCCGCCUGCCGCAGCAGACGCGGGCGGUGUGAGUCCCCUCCCUUCUCGGGGUGGUGGCGGGGCUGCGUCGUGUUGCUCCUUACCGGCUGCGUUCACAGUGCUGGCUGCUAACGCCAGGCUCUGGAUUUUGCAGAGGUGUUCGGUUAAAAUGCUUCUGGAGCCUGGCUGUUGCCUCCGGGUUCUCGGUGACAACCUGCCGCUCUCUCCUGGCUUCGCCGGAGUAGAGAAGGAAACCGGGGGCACGCUGGAUGCCACAGAAUUAGGUGCAAAAAGAAGUUAAAGUGUCUUACGAGUUAUUCUGCCAACUACUGAUCUAAAAGAGACCCGUGGGUUUCUCUGGCAGGAGUCUCCAGCCGAGUGAUGGCUCCUCAGAGACUUGAAAGGAAAGGGCAGAAGGUCCCUUGCCGGGCGUUUUCCCGGGGGUGCUCCCGCCGAGGCACGGCUCCAGAGGAGGCGUUAGUGCCAGGGUCACGGGAGUGACUCUGAACGCGCAGUAAAGCCCUUGGGUUUUGGUAACAAUCUCCGUAACUCUUCUCAGUCCCUUGAGCAGUAGUUUCACUGUUGCCUUAAACCAACCCAACAGGACAAAUGCUCACGUAUAAAAUCCUUGCAAUGCCCGUCUCAAACCACCGGCACCGCGCUCGCUGUCUAGGCUGGAGUUUUGCUCCCGUCGGCGCAACAAGUUCCCCCUUUUUGUCUUUCACGUGUCAUCCAUUUUAAACGUGCGUAAGAGAGCAGAGGCAAAAUUAACAUUUGCUGUCUCCUAUUAAAUAGCUGCUCAUCUGAGCACGUCCCCUGGAGCAUCGCCAGCCUUACCGGAUUUAAAGAAAUAACGAGUUUGGAGGAGUUGAGCUACUGAGCGGUGCUUGUUCCUUUCUUUUGCAAGGGAAACCAUCCAGUUUUGAGGAUGGUGUUUUGUAACCGAGUACGGGCACCAAAAAAAUGUGUAAAAAUCGUGGACUGUUGCUGGGGAGAAAGUCUAGAUGGAGUUUUGGGAGCAGUGAAGCCGGAUGGGCGCGUGCGGUGCUGCAGGCCAGAGACCCGGUUUUGCCUCGCCGAGGGGGGUGUGCGUGGAGCAGGCGGCAGCCACCACUUCCCAUCUCCUCCUCCUCAGAGGGUGAAAUGGCAAGGCCGGUCCCUGCGUGACCACCUCCUCUCGGCUCACUGUGGUCGCCGGCCGGAGAGCAGUCUCUCUGCCCAGCGGGACGGCUGCAGAUGAGUGGGGCGGGCAGGGCGAGCUCUGCUUUUCUUCCCUGGGAGGAAACGGUUGGCUUGAAAACAGGGGUUGAGUGGUUUUGCGCAAUAUCGUUGUGUUUUUUAAGGAGUUGACUCCAGCCCUUCUUUUAGAAGGUGGAUUUUUUGAACUAAGAGGAGAAAUGACUCCUUUAGUCUGACCGCCGGCAUGAACAGAUCCCCUCCACCAUCACCCCGUGGCUCCCCUGUCAAGCCCAUAGCACUUGGCUGAGCUCUAGGAUCUUACGUUUUUAUCUUCAGGUUCCUCCCCCUGCCAUUUCCAAGAAGCAUUAGAUAACUUCUGCGUUGUGUUUUGUGAGGAAACUGUUGUGGACGUGCCAGAAAGAGCGAGUGAUAGCAGAGCGAGUGGUGGCAGAGGAGCCGGGGGGUGUGGGAAGGGUCUGGGGGUGGGACGCUCUUACCGGGGGUGGGACGCUCUUAUCACGUCUGGGCUGCCUUGGCCAAGUGGGCGAUUGUACUCAGCGAGAGAAUACCAUGGAUAUUUAAGUGGCUAGGUUUCAUCAUUUUAUAUUCAAAGCAUCUCAGUUGGAUGCUGUUAAGACAAACUAGUGGCUGUGAGCGUGGGUCAUAGAUGGGGCCAACUUGGAGAGAACCUGAAUUUAGGAGCGUUUCAGUUCCCGCGUGCCAGCUCCUCUGCUGUUUCGUGGCAAACUGCUAAACCUGCAACAGCUGUUUCAUUUUUCAGCUGUCAUCAAUAGAUGCUGCUGCCAUGGAGGUCGUUAGGGCUCAUUCGAUGGCACCAGUGCUAGCGCUGGUCCAGGGAGUGCUGCGAGGUUGUAGAAUGGUUUUAAGAGCCGUAAAGGCUUGAAGGAACUUGGGCAUCUUGGAUUCUUCUAGCCUUAAAUUUAAAUUUCUCUUGGACAUAACACUAAGCUAUUGGUUGGACAUUCACUGAGCUAUUGGGUUUUCACCAGAGAUACAGUUUUUAUUAAAGAAACAAAACCCGACCAAUCUUAGAUUGUCACCUGCUUGGAGGGGAAGAGGGAAUUUAUUACAGAGGGAAUUAAACAGUUAAGGUAAACAAAGCAUCAAACACCAAAGCUCAGAACGUGCCCAAAGGGCACAACUUUAAUACAAACCCGGUUCAGCUGCCCGGAGUUCAGACUCACGGAUGCCUCUGCAGCAGCCGCAUUAGCGAAUUCUGAGGCUUAAUUCUGGCUGAAUUCUGGGCUUAAUUGUUGGCUAUUAGAUAUCCAAACGAACAGCAGAGCUGGCGUCUCAGAUCUACGAGCCCUGGAGCGCGUUGAACCUAUUUAUAACACAAAAAGCCAGAACAAUUUGGAAAGGUCUUUGGAAAGGUCUUUUUGACCAGCUGGGAGCCCGACUUCUUCCUUUAAGAGCAGCGUGUGGGCAAAACUCUUGACUUUCUCCCCAUUUUAAGCCACCGACGGGUGCUGCAGCCCAGGACCCAGCGUACACGCCGCGUCGCUGCUGCUGUGGAGACGGAGCCCCAGGUUUCGUCCCUUGCCAAUCCGUACCUCGGUUGUACCCAGCUGUAAAUUGGCCAGCCUUCUCCUACCUCGUCUGGGCAUUACCAAUCAGGCUAAAUUCUGCAGGACGCUUUGCAGCCCCGUGAUGAAAGGUGCUAUAUAACUGCAAAGUGUCACUUCAAAAGAUUUAAAUAGGCCACCAGUGCAUCAUAACCUAUAUUAAAAAGACUUUUUCUUAUAUGAGAAUUUAUAGAGUUCAAUGUAUGGUAUUAAUAAGUGAAUUACUGAGACCCCAAAAAUAGUUUUUUUGUUUGAAUCGUAUCUGUAUUCUGGAAAAGUGAUUAAAAAACUUUAACCUUAAUAAAAGAGUACAUCCUCAUUUCCUGUAUGAUGCUGGAAUCUAAGUUUAAAAGCAGAAUCUUGCAGAUUUUAAGGGCUGGGGGGAAGGGUCUGGUUGUUUUUAAGCCAGUAUUUAAAUAGCAGCUUAAUAUCUUACCCCAGCAAGGCUUGGGCUUCCCCAUGUGGCUGUAGCGCAGCCCAAAACCACAGACCGAGUUUUGCUCCUCUCUGAAGCCUCUGGGAGCAGCAGCAAUGAGAUCCAUCACCAGUGAGUCGUUGGGGCAUCUCCCCCACAUGGACUGCAGUGGAACCGGUGGCUGCUGGAGCUGUGCCCGAUGUGGGACCCCCCCACCAUGUGGGACCCAGCAUCGCCUUCGCUCCGGUGCCCUGAAGGGCCAGAAUCGCCCAAGAGCCACAAGUGACACGGAAACGCCAUCGUUACCCAGAGUUUGAUGUGGCUCCCAGUAAGGGCAGGGAACAUCUCCUGGCUUCCCAAGUGAGGUCCCCGAGGCUCCUCGGCGUUAGGAGCCACCAAAGCUUUACUCAGGGCAGGGUUUAAGGCCCCGAUCAUGCAGCUCCUUUACACUUAUGUUGAACCGCGCUGGUGCGGCUGAAGCCAGGCGGGUGCCCGUGCAGCCAGCGGAGCCCAGCCAAGUGGAGACGGGCCUUGGGGAUGAAAGAGGGUGUGAGAAAACACAUACCGAUCCCAAGCAAAAAAAUUACAUGACUGCCAAUUAAAUAUUCCCAGCAGCCUGAAGAAUGAGCAGCCAAAACCAUGGCAUCCUGGUGUGGCCAUGGUCACCAAGAGGCAGCAUAGGGGUGUCCGGGGUGCAAGGGAGAGCAUUUGUUCUAAUGAAGGCUUAAUAUAUCAUUAUUAUUGUUGUUGUUAUUAUUACAGAGCUGGCACUUUCCUACC